CUGAAAACUUCAAUGGCCGAAAAGCGGUCAAACAUAACUAAAGACAAGUGUUAUAGUUUUUUGUGUUUUUUGUUUGUUAAUAAUUUAAGUUAUUUGAAAAAUUUCAAUUACAUUCCAUACUAAAUUUUAAGUUGUUUUUCUUUUUUGUAAACAUUAAUGACACUAACGUCAUUAAUCAAUAACCAUCGUCAUCAACAGGCCAUCUCCUGGAGGUGAUUCACAUUGGAAAAUAGAGAUGGCGGAUGUAGCCGGUGAAGCAGAUUCUGGCGGGGCACGAAUUGCUGAUUCCGUACCAACAAGUGAUUCAGUGAUUUCAGUACCGAUUGUAACAACUCGUAGUCGCCAUUUAACUCGGGCGGUUAGUGCAGCGGCCAUUGCUCGUGUUGAAGAACCACAGGACAACGAUGAUAAAGUAACAGCAUCGAGUAACUAUGAUUCAGCUGAUGGUGGAGUCACUCAAAUUCACAGAUGCGAUCAGUGUGAUAUAUAUGAAUCGGCUAGUCAUUCAGCAUUAUUAGCUCAUGUAGCGCAAUGUCACAGUCGGGAAGCUGAAACAGUACCGGAAACGGUGGUUGUAACACCCACAGUAAUACCGACAGUAGUUAAAAAUGAAAUCACAACUGCAGUUAUACCUCCUGUUAUCAAAAAUGAAAACAAUAAUCAGCCGGCAGAUCGACCACAUCGAAAAUUAUUCGAAUGUGACGUAUGUAAUAUGAAAUUCUCAAACGGCGCCAAUAUGCGACGACAUCGAAUGCGGCACACUGGCGUUAAACCGUAUGAAUGUCGUGUAUGUCAAAAACGAUUCUUUCGAAAAGAUCAUUUAGCUGAACACUUUACAACACAUACCAAAACACUGCCUUAUCAUUGCCCAAUAUGUAAUCGUGGCUUUCAACGACAAAUCGCUAUGCGUGCACAUUUUCAGAACGAACAUGUUGGUCAACACGAUUUGGUGAAGUCAUGCCCAUUAUGUAGUUACCGUGCUGGAUCUAUGAAAAGUCUUAGGGUUCACUUUUUCAAUAGACAUGGCAUAGAUUUAGAUAAUCCAGGUCCUGCUGGUAGUCAAGCAUCAUUGUUAGCGGCCGCUGCAGCAGCUGGUCGUUUACCACAAAUGGAUCCGGCCACAAUGAAUGCACUUAGUAACUUAUCAGUGAGCGUUCAAAAUUAUAGUGAUUCUGGUGAAUCGACAGGAGCUCGAUCCGCUGAUAAUGCAACACCUCCUAUGCAUUUCUUAACACCACAUGUGGAAAUAUCUAUGGCUGAUGCUCCUGCCUCAUUUUCACCGUCACAGCAAGGAGGAGAAGCCUCACAACAACGCGUAAACGGUGAAUGUCCAAAUUCACCUCAAUCCGCCGAUUCCAAUUCAAAUGCUCCGUCCAGCAGUCUGAUGCAUUCCAAUCAAAAUCAUGGUGGUCUCUCAGAGACAUCAAUCACACCAUCGAUUUCACUGAUUCCAAUCAAACAAGAACCACAAUCUGAAGACAAUAUGCCAACAUUUGAUACAAGUAAAUUACGUGGCAUUACAUUAAAUGGUCCAGUAAACUUAUCAACAUCGACAGCCUCUGGAAGCGUACAACUACAAACAGCAACAUCAAGCAGCCUAUCAUCACUAAUAAAAGUAUCACCAUUAAAAUCAUUGCUACGUGAAGAUUUAAAACGUAAAAUGGCAACACGUAACACCUCGACGAGAAACCGUACAAAUAACAUGUCACCAAAUCCAGGCACGGCAGAAAGUGGAGGAGGAUCAAAUAAUGAUCAUCCUUCCUCAAAUACAGCAACCACAACAACCACUAAUGGUAUUAUUACUUCAACAGGUCCAGAACAUCCAUCGGAUUCAUCAACCGUAUGGCGUUUUCUUAGUAAGCGUGGUUUAAAUGGAUUGAAUUGUACAUAUUGUGGUAUCGGUUUCCCCGAUCAAACAUUGUAUUUUCUACACAAAGGAUGCCAUUCUGAUGCAAAUCCAUGGAAAUGUAAUAUUUGUGGUGAACAGUGCUCAAAUGUUUACGAGUUUAAUUCACAUUUAUUGAGUAAAAGUCAUCAGUAGCAAUCAAAGCAUUUUAAAAAGUCUGUCGCAUUUUAUAAACGUAAAUUUAUGAAAAUGUGAGAAUUUUGUUUUGCAUAUUACAGGCU